AUGUCGCGAUUUUUCACGUUGCACAUGACUCUCAUGUACCUCACACUCUACUAUCCCUGGACUGCUGCCCAAGACACCUCACAAUGCUACUGGCCGGAUGGCACUGUUGCGGACCGUAUGAUACCAUGCGACCCAACUGGAAACAUCACAGUAUCAUGUUGCGCCAAGACCGAUCUCUGCCUGCAGAACAACAUGUGCUUUAGCGCCACUGGUGGUAUUUGGAGGAAAGGCUGCACUGAUCAGAGUUGGAAGGACGUGCGAUGUACUGGUGCUACGGACUGUGCCCGUGUGCUUUCAGGGCAGUCGGAUCUGACUUACCGCUGUGGAAGGGGCACUGAGUGGGCAUGCGAUCGUACCGGAAAUGGCGCAGCGGUGGACUGUCAGGACAACUUCACGCUCUCGGGGCCUUGGGAUAUUUUGAUCAGGCCAGAUCAGAUCCCUUCGCAGAGUGUCACGACGCCAGCUAUCUUGGAUCCUAGUUCCGGGCUGCAGGGUUUGCCUGCUCUAACGGUUACGGUCACGACGACGCCUCCUGUGAGGUUCUCUACGACGACUGUUGUUGUUAUAACCGGCAGCGCAGGUUCCACUUCGGAUGAGAGAGACCAAGGUGGUAAGAGCAACGUCGGAGCGAUAGCAGGUGGUACGGUCGGCGGGGUGGUCGCAUUGAUUUUCCUUGGAGUCGGCGCCUGGUUUGUCGUCUCGAGAAGGGGGAAAAGCAAGACUGAGAGCCAAAGGGUGACUGCGGAUACGAGCGCUCACAAUGUGCCAGAGCAGUAUUCCCAAUCAGACAGCGAACCACAGAAGCGGCAGCUGCAAGAAGCAGAGGGCAACGGACUUCAUGAGGCUGAUGGCAGGGUGUUGCCGGCCGAGGCGGACCACAUGGCUAUCCGAGUACCAGAGUUGGAAGGAGAUCCAUACAUGUAUCGCAGAUAG